UUUCAUAAUUACGUGUGUUUUAACGCAGAAUUCUAAUUAAAAAACAGAGCAACACACAGAAUUAUAAAAUAUCACAGAGAUAGAUAUACAUGUUUUAAUUGAAGAUAAACACAAACAGAAUUUCAGUUGUAUCUAAAUACUAAGUUUAGAUUAGAGUAUAAGAACGGAACAUGUUAGAUCCGCAGAAGUAGUCCACUAAAGUCUGAGUUUUUUCAACCUACUCUCAAAGAGUUUUCUUCAGCCAGAGUUUUUAUUAUGGAGGAUUGUACUGAUAACAAGCCGCAACUCAUGGUCAAGUAUCAGAGUUUUAAGGAGGAGGAAAAUACUUCGAAUAUAAGUACUGAUUUAGUUGUUGUCGGAAAUGACUCGAGCAUUGAAAGAAAACCGAAUAUUCGUCGUCAAGCAGCUGUUCGAAUAAACGAGAAGAAUGAUAUUGAGUGUCUGCCGGGAUAUCGGUUUAAUCCGUUUGAUCAUGAAUUGUUGGUGCAUUAUUUGUGGAGGAAGGUUAGAAACCAGCCUCUGCCGCAUAAUAAGAUUGCGGAAAUCGAGCUUUACAAGUAUAAUCCGGAGGAUAUUACGCAAGUAGAACAGGGCUUGGUGGACAAAGAAUGGUAUUUUUUCACCCCUAGGGACAGAAAGUAUAAGAACGGGUUAAGGCCAAAUCGUGCAGCUGGAAAUGGUUACUGGAAAGCCACAGGCGCUGACAAAGAUGUGACUUGCAAAGGUGUCAUUGUUGGACACAGGAAGGCUCUGGUUUUUUACAAUGGAAAAGCUCCGAAAGGAGACAAAACAAACUGGAUCAUGCAUGAAUUCAGGGUCAAGGAAGAACAAAAAGAACAACAAAGAAUCAGAACCAGUGAUAAUGAUAUGAGGCUGGAUGAUUGGGUUUUGUGCAGAAUUUAUAAGAAAGAUGACAGAACCAGAAGAGCUCCGAAGCAGAGUCAUGCUGACAACUCAUUUGAUAACUCUUUGGAUGAGAGUUCUCCCUCGAAUCAAAAUGCAGUUGCAGCAACUAGGAAUGACAAUUACGAAACUGGAGGUGAUCUUUGUUAUGACAUCGGUGGAAAUAACCCACCACUGAUGGGACAAAAUGUGGUUGUACAAAAUCCGCAAUUGAUGGGAGUCAAUGAUCUAAGAAGCAUCACUGAUCUCCGUUCUGCAAUAGCGAUGAAUAAUAAUGCACACUUCACCAAUCACUAUGUAGAUACUUCAAUGCACACCCCUUAUCUCGCGAAUCCUCCAGCUUACAGUAAUCCUCAACCUCUGAGGUACAUUGCACAAUCGUCUUUUCCUACUUAUUCUCUGGAGAACCUCCCUUACUUGGAUAGUAGUUUCGAAAAUUGGGGUAAUACUGGGCAGUACUAUUCACCAGUCGAAAAUUCCUUCCUCAAUGAUUCCCCAAACGAUCCAGUUCUAGUACAAAGCAAUACCGGUCAUGUUUUGCAAAGCAUUUCUCGAAACAACAUUAUUGUUUCGGAAAACAAUUCUGAUAUAAUAACUCCCUCAAAUGACAACUCUCCCAGUUGAUCUGGUAGCUAGCAGUAGUAGUUUGGUUUUAGGACAUUAGAUAUUAGAAUUGUGCUAUAGCAUGAACAUUUUUUGCUAUGGCUCUAGUUUGAUUAGUGCGUUGACAGUGCCAGUACCGUAUAUAUUUUAUCAGCCUUUUAGUUAUUUAUUUGUGUACA